AUGGAGGAGACCAGGAAGCUCUUUGUAAGGUUCCUCAUGUUUAUUCUGUCUAUGGAGAUUUGCUUGGCUCAACACUGGUCUUAUGGCCUGCAACCGGGAGGAAAGCGGGAUGCUGAAAAUCUGGUAGAAUCAUUCCAAGAGAUUGCUAGUGAAAUGGAAAAAAUAGGUGAACUGCAGCAUUUUGAAUGCACUGGCCCACAUCAGCGCUCCAUGCUCGGUGGUCUGAAGGGAGCUCUGGCAAGUCUGAUUGAAGGAGACGCAGGGCGAAAGAAGAUCUGA